GAUAAAUAGAUAAGUAGAAGAGGCCAUCGACGCACACGAAGACUCACAAAGCGCGCUUCUCUCCUGCCCCCAUGUUGUAGCUUAUCAGCCGGCGGACUCCACAUAGCAACCUCCCCUCUCUCCGUCUCUCCUUAUCCCAAACCCUCGGAGAGGAGUAGGAGUUCGAGAGGAGUGAUGAAGGCUACGCUGAAGGGCCGAUACGAGGUGAACGAGAGCGCCAUCGAUGCCGGCGACGUCCGCCUCAAGGCCUCCAUAUCCGAUGCCACCUUUGUCCUCUCCCUCGAGAAGCCCGGCGCAUUCAUCCUCGACUGCCACCUUCCCACCAAGAUGUUCGGUUCCAGUUCAUGAAUUCAAUCCGGCUGAUGGAGAAUACGGUGAAUCUGACCUACACCCACGCGCCGAGGGACAACCGGGCGGCCCUCGAUGGUUCCGUUGCCCUUGAUUUCUCCAACAAGGUCUCCGUCAGCUACUCCUUCGGCACUCCUGGCGCCUGCAAGGUCAAGUACGUCUACGCACACGGGGAGCUGCGGCGGACUGUGCUGGAACCCUGCUAGGACGUGUCCAAGAACGCCUGGGACUUCGCCCUCACCAGGAAGUUCGAGGGGGAAGACUCCCUCGAGGCCACCUACUACACCACCAACAAGAAUCUCGGCAUCGAAUGGAGCAAGGACUCCAUUGUCAACGGCUGCUUCAAGGUACAAAAGCAUGACAGACAUCUGCACCGACAAUUGUUCAAUCUACAGCCAACCAGAUUGGUGCUUAAAGUGCCAUGAGACCAUUAUGUUAUAUGGUUAGUAGAAUGGAUUUUGAUGAAUUUGUCAGCUUUGGUGAUCAAGUAAAAGUCAGAUGCAAAAUCUGCAUGAUACAGGUCUGCACUGACAAUUGCUCAAUCUACAGCCGAGCGAGAGUGCCUUGACCUCUCAGCGAACUGGCUACACCACCACGUGGCCCUUAGACAUGCACGGGUGAGCGCAUCGUCAUGAAGGCGACAGAUUGGCAUUUAUACUGCCAUGAGAUCAUUAUAUUAUAUGAUAUCUGCAACUGUCAAUUUAGCAGAGCUACAAAAAGUUCCAAAGUUGAUUGCUAAGAGUACGUGGAAUUACGAGAUGUAAUAUGAUUCUUUUACUUGGAUGAAAUAUUGGGUAUUGUCGUAAAUACAUGUACAUCAAUCGAGGGGAAGAACGACUCGGCGGCAGGUACGCAUAUAUUCCAUCAGUUCACGCUCAUUCCCACUCCAUCUCCAUUUUCUUUCCCUCUGUUUCCAAAUCGAGCAGUGUCGUAAGUACACGCAAUAAAACACGCGCUUUCCUUACGCCUACAAGAAUAGAGACAAACGUUUCCCACCCGUUUCUCUUGCUUCAUCGGCCCGUCCCGCCCUCGCGGGAGUUGCGGCCAAUGAGAAGGGCCUCUUUCCUGUUUGGUGCCUUAGCGGUGACAGAUUGAACGGGACCCUCAACGCUGCCUGUUUUUGACGUGCCCCUCAGAGGUGAUGUCAAGUCCAGUGGAACCUGACCGGCGUUUGGGUCCCACGCGUCGUCUCGAGGGCGCUUACUUCCAUUUAAGCAGCAAUUUCCAGUUCUAACGCCGCACUCGUUGACACGUCAUCGAGUAUGAUAUUCCCGUAACGAUUGGGUGUAAAGUUGUUUUGGCUCUUUGUGGAUGCCUUCUAUCCCCGCGUCGGACACACUCUUAAAUGAAACCCUAGCUCAGAUCUCUCUCUCACGUCGUUGCCAAGUCAAGCUCCUACUCGCCACCGUCUCGCCCCUCCUCCCGCUCUGCAUCGCUGCUCGUGUGGUGUCCACGUGUCGCGAUUAAAGCUUACCCUCAAUGCCCAUGGGUUCGCCCAAGGAAAAGAGGACGACGGGCGCCAGCUCCGCCUCCACCUCCUCCAAGGCCCCACGAGAGGCGGCGCCGCCGGCGACUGCACUGGUCCCCCCCGAAUGGUCCGCCUCCUUUCAGGCAUUCUACGACCGGGGAGCCGCCGCUGCCGCCGUGAUGCCUCAGGCUUUCUAUUCCCCGUCACCCAUCGCAACCGCGCAGCCUGUCGUUUGGGGAGCUCAGCAAGUGAUGCCGCCCUACGGCAGUCCGAUUGCUUACGCUUCGUUCUAUCCGCAAGGGGGGUUUUAUGCUCAACCUCCGAUAAACGCGGGCGUGGCUUUUCGAACCCAGGAAAUUGAAGGGAGGCCGACAGAGGCGAAGGACAAUCAGCCGACGAGCAAGAGGACUUCCAAAAUUUUAGAGGGAUCACCAGGAAAAUCAGGGAAUGAUGGUAAAGGGGCCUCUGGUGCUGGUGAGAAUGCCUCGCAGAGUGAUGACAGUGAAACAGAGGGGUCAUCAGAUACUAAAGAAGACGAUGACCAACCAAAGGAACAUUCCCCAAACAGAAAAAGAAGUUAUGGAAAUACAACUGAAGGUGAAGGUUCUCAUUCCUUUGACACUGCUGGUAAUAGCGGUACUGCUGGAAGAGUGCGGACUGCCAAAAAGCUUCCAGUCUCAGCCCCAGGACGAGCAGCAUUGCCUGGUCCUCCAACUAAUUUGAAUAUCGGGAUGGACUUUUGGGGUGCUUCCCCUGCUGGAUCUGUACCUAGAAAGGACGAACGUGACCUGAGGCGGGAGAGAAGAAAACAGUCUAAUCGGGAGUCUGCCAGGAGGUCAAGGUUAAGGAAGCAGCAAGAAUGUGAAGAGUUGGCAAGGAGAGUGACUGAUUUGAACAAUGAGAACAGCGCACUCAGAGUAGAACUUGAAAACCUCCAGAAAUUGUGUGGGGAACUGGAAGCUGAAAAUAAAUCAAUCACGGGAGAUUUGAAACAAAGAUACGGGCCUGAAUUCUUAUCUGAAUUGAGCAGCAGCAUUGACGUAUCAAAGCUGCAAUCAGAUGUUGCCAGCAGUUGACCCUUUUUCAUCAAAGUCAAACUAAUUCUAACUUGUUAUACGAGGCUUCCAAGGUAGCCUUUGCCUUGUUCCACGACCACUCCACUGGCCUUGGGCUCUCGACACUUUUAGUUGAUGGAGAGGGUCUGCAUAGCUGGAUGUAUACUUAAAGAUCAAAUUAAGUAGUUUUAUGCCAUCUUUUUCCUUCUCGAUGAACCAGUUUCAGAUUGGCCUUUGGAGUGAGCUACAUUAGAUAUUUAAUAACUGGUGUUGCUGGUGUGAAAGAUUACGGAGGAUAGAAACAGCUCAAUUGAUGCUCUAACUGUCUUAAUAUAGUCAAAAGUCUGAUAUUGAUUUUUCUUAUAGUGUAAAUUGACUUGAAUUAUAGCCACAGUGUGUCAAUAUUAUUACGCAAAAGAUUGAUGGUUGUGCCUGAUUUAUCUUGA